CGGAACCGCUGUCGUGUUUAAUAUCACACAUUCUCAACCAACAAUAAACAUACAGAAAGAUGCAACAAACUGUUUGUACUUAAAUCAAGUUUUACAUGGCUAAGAAGGGAAAGAGAACUAAUGUCGAAUUUCAAGGCAGUUCGUCAUCGACAACAGAACUUUCUGUAGCGGAAUCUGCACAAGCAUUGGAAAUGACACAAACAUCAUCACCACCGUGGUUUAAGAGAGUUUAUGAAAGCUUGUCUCCUCGGAGACAAAUAUUUUGUCUUUUUUGUAUAUUCGACUUUCUCUUUACCUUCCUUUUAUGGAUUAUAUAUGCCCAGGUAAGUGUGGAAUACUAAUUUUAAUAUCUGCUAGCUAUCGAGGAUUAAUAAAGUAUAGACUUCGGUAUGGAGGUGGUCGACUGUAAUUUUAUUGCUGUGACAAUUAAUUAAACUGUGUGAGUAUAAAUCAGUGAAAUGAUUUAAUCGCACAGGAAAAUCACACGUCAGAUGGUAUAUGGUUAAUGUGGGUAUUAAUUAAAGCAGUUGGUGUUUUAAGUUUUGGAGUUUAGGUUAAUCAAGCCGAAUCAGAGUCAGAGAGUUAAUAAUUAAAGCUCCAGAGUAACAAAAAAGAUGUUUGGUGACUGACUUGGGUGACUGAUAGUGAUACUCGCUCCAACUAAAUUUUUAAUAAAAAUAAAAUACUCGAUAGUGUUAGGAAAGCAUUAAUUUAAGAACAGCUAGCCAAGGUCGUGUGACUGCCAACUCUCAUGAGUCUUAGCCUGCGAACAGAAGAACAGUCUAUAACGGAAAUGGAUUGUUCUCAUCCUCAUUUGAUGCGUGCCUUAGGAUAAUAAAUGACUUAGGUUAGGAGUAGGCUUGGGCAUACAUAGUAUAAUGUAUUCACUUAAAUCAUAAACUGUUUUAAGCUGUAAAACGAAGAGAUUUGCAUAAAAAAAUUCAGAGGCGGCAGAAAUCGAGAGGCGGGCGGUGACGCUAACCAAGUUUUUUUUAUUUGGCCUAAUAGUAAUACGUUCGCAUUGAAACAACAACAACAACAACAACGCUAAUUUCUGGAAAGAACAGAUACAAUCAUACAAAUGAAAACAUCUUGGAUAUUUUUUCUAACUCUAUUACUGUAGUGAGAAAAGUGGGUUUUUAUCCGCAAAAUUUUGCUGUAGAUAGGCGGGAAUACCCUGUACUGAAUCGACAAACGUUGUCAUCGAAAAAAUGCAUCCGCAUAUUGCUUAUUAACUGGCUGCUGAAAAAUCGGAAAAUUCUAAAUAUAGUAUACUGAAGUCAAUAAACUUUUUUUCAUUCUCUCUCCUUAUAUUUCUUCAUAAACAAUAAAAUGUUUAUGGUCAGAGACUUUUUUUAACAGGUCAGUCGGAAACCUGAAACCAACACUUACAUAUUAAGUCAUAUUUUGUUGUUUGGUCAGAGACUAUACAAGUAAUAUACUGACUAUAGUUUUUAGGCUCAUGCAAUCAUCCUGAUUUUAGCAAAUAUGAAAAGUUAUUGGUAGGAUAAUAUACUAACAGUGUAAUUCAUUGAAAGCAAUACAAUAGGCAUAUAGAGGGAUGUAAAGAAAAAAGGAUGUAAUUCUUCCCCUACAGUUACCCAUGGAACAUACCAAUUCACGAACAGCUAAAUCAGGAGACUGGGACAGCUAUAUGGGGGGAGGGGUGAAUAGGGGUAUACAAAUCCGCCGAUUUGAAGCAAACUCCGCGAUUCGAGCCAAAAUAUUAGAUAAAUCCGCAAUCUGCUGCAUUACUAAGAUCCGAAAUCCGUGUAAAACAUUCGCCAGAUCCGUGAAAUCCGGACAAUUUUUUCUGUGAAAUCCGACGAUCCGAAAACCUAUUUACCCCCCCCCCUAUAUAAAAGUGGAAUUACAGUCUGUGCUGCCUGAAUUGAAGAAAAUUAAUUACUUUAAAGAUCUGGCCAAGGCUGACUUUUUAAAAUCUUUAUGAUUCACACAUUGUGUUCCACACAUUAAACUGACAUCUACGAAUCAUCAUAAUUAUCAGCUGCCUCAUCUUUUUCACGAAAACUCCCCUGAUACAAUCUAGUCUCUAGAUGUCAGUUCACAGUAAUAGUUACUAGUGCUGUGCUUUUUCGGUUUUUCCCUAUUUCUUUUUGUUCUCUUUGUUCCGUUCUCUAUGUCUAUUAUUCAUUUCCAAAUCCGUAGUAUUGUUAAAAUAUGUUGCCUAUAUGGCUGUAGUGUAUAACGAGGGGCCCUCCUGAAUAACUUUGCACGGAGCUGGAUAAGGAUUAUGAUCGCGUCCCUUUAUUAUCUCCUGCAGGCGUUGUGAACGUGAAUUUAAAAUGUUCAAAGUUAUAGUCAGUAAACUGAGUAUGAUGUCCACUCACUUUUGCUGCUCUUAGUGCAUGAAGUAUGAUGUCCACUCUGUUGCUUUUGAAUCAUGAUGCUAUCUCCGAAGUAAAACUGCGGGCAAUGUAGAAGAUUCAAUAUAUCUGAAAAAUACGAAAAGAACUUCGACAUUUCGAGUGAAGCCUUUCGUCUGGAAGGUAUAGUUGGCCAUUUGGAUACUAUAACUUCCAGAUGAAGAGCCAUUACUCAAAACGUCGAACUUAUUUUUGUAUUUUUCAGAUAUGUAAUUGAAUCUUCUACAAUGCUCGCAGUUUGGAUCCUUGCUGCCCGCACCGUUCGUGAUUUUCUCCGAAGUUGUCCUUAGCCGUGGGUUCUACCGAGUUGCAUUAAAUUUUACACUCAAGUUGAAAAAAACUACGGCCAGCCGACAAUUUAAGAAAAUUCCGAAAAAUAAGGUCAUCUUGAAAUUCAAGAUUUGAAUUAAAACAAGACGAGUGUAUGAGACUGUAAAUUUUCGAAUUUAUUUCCAUGUCAUCAUCAGACAGAAUGAAAUACAAUACUAUACGUUACAUACAGCAUAUGUACAGAGCAAGAGCGGAAGAAUACACGACACCGGAAAAAGAGGAUUAACAAGGUGAUGAUGACUUUGAAAUAAAGUCUCAUACACUCGUCUUGUUUUAAUUCAUAUCUUGAAUUUCAAGAUGACCUUAAAGUAGUUAUUUUUCGGAAUUUGUUUACACUAGUUGAGUUGCGGUUAACCAGAUCUGGCAAAGUCGAAUAAAUGCAUACUAUUAUAAAACGUCGUGCACAGAUUUACUUGUAGUCGAUGACAUUCGUUGUUAAUUUUUAACUGCCAAAGGAGGUCAGAAAGACUAUAUUAUUAAUAAUUUUAAUAGAAAACAUUUUAAUUAUAGUCAAAGUAAAUGUUUGCGUGUGGUCAAGCAUGGAUAAAGAGUGGUGAUAGUGAAAAACUUAGUUGGUUAAUUGUAUUGCAUGGUUGUGAAAAUUUAAGUUAUAGAGAAUUCUUGUUUGCUUUUACCUCUAGUUCAAAAUUUUAUAUUGAAUACUGAUUGCUUCUCUCUCGCUAUUGCUUUAUUGUGUGUUUGAAAAUAAUUAAUGUAUAAGCACCCUAGAUAAGCAUUAUUUGCUUUUGGGGAAAACAUUUGGAAAAUAUUUUUUAAAUUAAAAAAAUGUUUUAGGGAGUGGCUGUAACUGGUCUUGAUGAUUCACUUUCUGCAGAAAUUAAACAUUAUGGAAUUUCAUCUUCUCUUUUUGACAUCAUGGUAAGUUUAAAUACCGUGCUACCGUAUUGUAUUCAGGGGGGCACACUGAGGGAUGGGUGGGCUGAUCAGUUCCAGCUAAGUUGGGAACCAUAGUUAAGAUUUUUAGCCAAGUGCAAACACAGCACGCAAAAUAUCAUUUGACUCGGGUAACAUAUUUGCAUAAUAGGAGCGGUGAAAACUAGGGGGUCCGGGGCCAUGUUCCUCGGGAAAAACAUGCAAAAUUGAGGCUCGGAAAUACCAUCAGUUCCUGCACUUUCCGGCACGGAGUUGAAGAAUUUGGAUGAAAAUUGAAAAAAGACUGCUAGUGUCUACACCAGACAUUUGUGGCUUGUGGAUUAUAAAACAACUCUCAUACCAGAAAUUUGGGACGGACUUUUGAUACAGUCUCAAUCAAAACUGGGACCGACUUUUUGUGAUUUUCGAGCGCUCGGUGGGGGGUACACCCCCAAACCCCCCUAAUGUGCGCCCCUGAGUGUAUUGAACUGAAUUAAAUUACGUACUGACUAUAUUAUGCCAUAGUGUAGCUCUGUUCUAAACUGUUCUCGCCAGUAAAGGGCAUCCUCUAUUUGCCCUCUUUAAUACAGGAGGAAAACGGAGUAUCACGAAGACGUCUUCGGCUUUCCUGAAGUCACACUUCUCAAAUGCGACUGAGCAUAGUUAAUGGACUGAGGCAGCAUUAGAACCAGACAUAGUCCUACAGUGAAAUGUCCUGUGCAUGCGCAAAGACAUGCUACUUUCGGGAAUAAAUACCUAGGGCAGGGCCGGUGCUAAAGGGGGGUGGAACACUCCUCAGUCAUCAGGUAGUCAGCAAAAUAUUGAAUCCCAGUAGGCAAAACAUGGAUUUGGAUAGGAAGGGAAAAACAAAAUAUUUGAGUGACACAGAUUAAAAAUUAAGAAUGAUAGCUAAAAUGUGGAGAAAUUUACGAACAAUUAGGGGAUAAUGGAACGAACAACGGUGGUCAGUUAUAAACACAAAUUGAAAUUGACAAAUUUGGUGUCCGGAAAAAAUUGAUGUUGCGCUCACCAAUAAUUUUGGGAAAAUAAAUAUUAAUUAGUGGUUGUAGUGACUCGGCAAAAUUUGCCUUGAUAACGUGACAAAAUUUACCCCUAAAUGCUGAGAUUCAAAGGAAAGUCUCAAAGAUCUGAUGUUAACGUUGAAUAUACAGUAGAUAACAGAUUCGGAAAUUUAUAAAUUGUUGGGCUGUAGUACUUAAUGGUAUCAUACCUGAUUUUAUAUUUUGUAUUUAACCUAGAUCCUUUCCUUAUUACGAGUUACGAUAUUACUGUUUGUGUAUGGUUAUUAUGGCAGUAAGAACAUCCUUACGGUAGCUGUAAGUGCAUAUCAGUUUCUUUAUGACUUCCAAAAUUGGAAAAACAGACGCAAAACAAAGUGAAGUAUAUAAGUAUAAGCGUACGGGAGGGAAAAAGUUAGGUCGACAGAAAAAAAUUUACCCAACUUUUUUUGCCCGACUUAUCAAAAAAAAUUUCCCCCCUGUACACUUUCCAAAAUUGCUGUCGACUGGGGGGGGGGGGGGGGCAUUUGGAAAAAUUUUCGGAAUAUAUAUUUCUUGCAUAAUUGCAUUUCCCAUUAUUACAUUGCAUAUUUCUUAUCUUUAAAUUUAUUUCCCCAUCUUUUUGCCCAACUUACGUUUAUAAUUUACCCGACUUCAUUUUCACAUUUCACUGGAGGGGGGAAGACAGCUGCCUCCUAUAGGCUUCUCCCUCACCCCCUCGUACACCAAUGUAUAUAAGCUUGUGCUUUCAGUAUGUGAGGCAACGACAUACUAACAAGCUUAACCACAGAUCGCAUCCUUCAUUAAUAAAUAGAGACGUUUAGCAUGUAUAGGAUGGUAACGGGACGAAGAAAAACUCCUUUUUAAAUACCCUGUAGAUAACUUAACGAAAAACUUGUCACGUAUUAUCCGAUUUUGAUAUCAAACCAAAAGUAAGUCGUUAUAAUAUAGAAACGUGACUUUUUCUUCAUCUUUAAUAAAAAAUGUUCUGCUUUCUUCAAGUUAACCACGUUUGUAUCAACGGUGUAUCUAAUAACGAAGGCAUUCAUAUACGACGUAAGUAUACCUCCUUGGUAUGUAUAUAUUUGACGAUAUCGAUAUAAGUUCGAAUUAGUGUAAUGCAAUAAAAUGCCGUCUGUUAAUCAUAAAAGUGGAUUUACAGUAGUCGCGGUUUGGACAACAAUAUUUCCCACAAUUUGUACCAGACAAAGUGUAUGUUAUUUUUUUUAAGUGUGUGCUUAGUUUCAGUUUGAUGAUUCUGAUAAGGACAGUUUUUUUUAAAGUGUAUGUAUUUUUCAGUUUGAUGAUUCUGAUAAAGACAGUGGAAGCAGACCAGUAGACUAUUUUCUUCACAUUGGAUCAUUUUUGUUAGUUUGGAUCGAGGCAUGGUAUAUGCAAGUUAAGGUAAGAGUACUUAGAAAAUGAGAAUGUGGACCAUGUGGUAUAGACCUCGUCUGCAGGAACUGACUACAUAUAAAUUGUUUUCCAGGUUAUACCAAGAGAGAAAAGAGCUAAAGACACAUUUUAUAGAGGUAUGGACUACAGUGCUAAUUCUUUGCAAGAAAUGGUUGCAUGCACAAGAGUAACUCUAUUGAAUUUUCCCACUUCAUAGAUCUUCGCUUUUGCAGUGAGUUGAACUUACUUCUACUCACUGGCAAAGCGAAUUUAUUUCGAAGCCUAAUUCGUUUUUAUUGCAUAUUCGUUAAUUGAUUUCGCAGAAAUGUUUCGAAUUUCGCAACUAUUGAGAAAAAGCGCUCGUGGAGCAAAUUUAUCCUUAGUUUGUUUUUAUGAUUGACUUGAUAUUUUACCUUAAUUAACGUUGUGUUUUUAUCUCUCUGUAGAGCCACGUAAUAAUGGAUCGAUCAAAUCAUCGUAAGUCGAUCACAUAUAACUAAUUGGCAUAUAACAGUGAAGCAAACCAAAGCGCCUGGGUAUACGAUCGAGGCAGAUAUUAGUAACAAUUAUUCGCCGAAGGCGAGGUGAUUUUCAGGGAAUAUUCACCGAGACGAAGUCGAGGUACGAGGCCCUGGGUACGAGGUACGAGGCCCUGGGUACGAGGUACGAGGCCCUGGGUACGAGGUUGAUAAUCACCGAGCCUGAGGCGAAUAAUAUAAUUGUUUUAGUAUUUUUAUACAAGUCUUUUGUGUUUUUUGGGACUGAAUUUAUUUUAAUUUCGCUUAUUUCUUUAUCAUAUAAUAACUUCUACAAAACGGCUAGCUGCCAUUUUUCAAAUUUCGGUUUUGUUAUAUUCACCUGUAGAGUGUAGGUGAGUAUAACAGCUUAAUACGUCAAAUUUGACCAAUCAAUUUGUAGGAUUUGUUAUAUUCACUUGUGCAAAAUACUAAAAUUCAAUAUUCAUAAAGGAGGAAACAGAGUGCGAGGAGAAAACCUAUAUCGAUACAGUGCUGCAACUAAUUGCUCGUGAAAAGCAUAAUACUUUAACUUCAUAGUACUUGUAAAACGUUCUGUGAACCUGGUUUAAAAUACAUAAAGGUUAAAUUGUUUUGUUAUCUCUUUCAAGGGGUUCUGUGAUUACUUUCCGUACACCACCAGAACAAGGUUAAUUAAUAUAUAUAUAACGACGCUAUUUACACGUAUCAUAUGCAUGACAUAAUUUCGAUUUGCACAGUAUAAACCUGUCAGUUAUAUAAUGUUGAGUUAUAUUAAAGUACGAUUUUUGCAAUUUGCAUCAAAUUAUUACUUGUGUUUCUAGAAUCAGAAGAGGAAGAAGAGGUUAUCAGAGCGGUAGGUUGAAAUGGGCUUUUAAACGUGCAAUUAAGAAAGUUAGAAUACUGUCGUUGCUGAUGUAGCAGUCAACUAAUUGUUGUAGUUGAAAAAUAUCGAAAACUGAAAUACCGAUAAUAUCCAUUAUCGUUUUUUUCCCACCCCUGAAUACCAUCAGAUUUUUGGAAAUGUAGUAACAAGGUUGUUGUCAAUCCGAUAUCAGGAUGUGUUCGCACUGCUUGUUCUCAGUUGGAUUGCCUUGUGACAAGUCUGGAACAAGUUGUUAUCACGUUGUUACAAGGUUGAUGACGGUAACAGACUUGCUAAGAGUAAUCUACGGGUAUUACGGGCUGUUCGCAACAAGUUGCUAUACAAGCUUGCUGUCAUCAACUUGUUUUAACAAGUUGUUAAAACAAUUUGUUACGUGUAGACGAUAUCAGACUUGUUGGAACAACUUGUUGCGAGUCCGUUGACCUCAACAAUACACUCCUCCAAAUUUUUGAAAUAGUAGAAUGGUGCUUUGAGAGUGAGGUUUCGGGGUUUUUUUUUCUAGAAUUUGGAAUAUAUUGAAACUGCGAGAAAAGCAACGAGCAAGGCACUGGCUUUCUUGUACGCUGAGAAAUCUUGGAAAAUCGAGAAGCAAAAGGUAUAUGAAUAUAAAUGUGAUAUGGUUCACAAAAUGUCGAUCGGCGAGUGUCCAAUACCAAUAAAGUUAUAAAGAUAACAAAUGUAACUGAUGUAGGUUGGCUUACCUCAUAAUCUUUACCACCGUCUGUUUCACGCUUUAUGAGAUCUUCAGAUCAUGGUCACUUGCAGACGAUCUCAUUAAUGACAAGAACAGUCAUGAUUCAGUGACCAUGUGUACGUACAGGUCAGGUUGACGACAAAGGUCGAUGUCAACAGUCUGUGAGACUGUUAUGUCAUAGUCUAGAUAGAUAAGUUCCAUGAAGAAAUCUUUUAAAUGUGGUUGGAGCUAUAUUUUACAUACAUGACUUCAGAGUGGAACAAUUCGUUUUAAAGUAAGGUCCGGAAAGUGCUAUAGUAUUACAUUACAUAGUGUAAUUUUAAGCAUGAGAGAAAGAGAGAAGGAUUAUUACAAAUACGUGUAUACGAUGGUAUAUACUAUUUCGCUAACCUCAGAAUGACAUUUCGUCAAAACUUUUUUCUUCAAGAUUGGCUUAGAAACAAACUUGGAGUAGGGUUAGGUUAGGGUUAGGGUUGGGGUUAGGAUUAAAGUUAGAGUUGGUGUUUGGAAUAGGGUUAGUGUUAGUAAAACCGUUGCUUUGUUACGUUUUGUCACUCUGAGGUCAGCGAAAUAACCUCUUCCGUAUACGAUAUAUGCACGACCAUAUUCAAAUUACCUUCAACUUUCGUGGCGUGACUUAUCCACGCGCGACCUAUUACACGCUCAAACACCUAUCUUAAAUUGUGUUCUAUAUAUUUACAGGAUGACAUGUUGCUUGAAAGUAAAAUGGAUGAAAAGCUGGGGAAAGUUCUUAGAGUGCGGGUACGUGUAAAUUAUUACUUUUCAGUUGUGUUUGAAAAACCAUCUUAUAAUUACACUAUUUGGUGUAUGGUUGUCCAAAACGCGUUGUUUCCGCGUAACCAACAGCAAUGGAUAACAUUACAACUUUCCCAUGGAAACGCCGCUUUAUUUUUUUUAUCCAACAAUGACCGUUAAUGCCAAAGACUCUCUCCUUGACGAGUAAAAUCGUUUGGUGUAAAUGUAAAAUUGAUACACAAGCAGUAUAGGGCUCAUUGUAGUUUUGAAAUUUGUGUCAUGGAAACUUGGUUUCACCAUGCAUAAUUGUAAAAUAAAUUGAAUUUUCACAAUAUGAAAUGUGGAAAUAUUUUUAGGCAUGUAUCAAUGCAAGUCAACAGGUUGUACAUCCGAUGGUAUUUGGAGAUCCUGAAAAUACUAAAAAGUGGAACACAAAUCUUACUCAUGCUGAGGUAUAGUCACACAAUUGACCAUUCCCCAAUUAACCAAAAUUUUGAUCUCAACAAGUCUAGACAAAAUUCCAUCAUAGCAUGAAAGAGCAUCACAAAAUUAGUAAUAUUCCAAAGUUUCGUUGCGAAAUGUUGUAAAAUGCGGAUAAUAUAGCCUUGCGAAUUUGCAAUUUUCAGUCAUUUUAGAUUACAAAUGGGAAAUAUGGUUACCACUUUUCCAAACUUUUGAUCUCAACUAGCCUAAACAACAAUUUCAUCACAGCUUGAAAGAGCAUCACAAAAUUAGUAAUAUUCCAAAGUUUCGUUGCAAAAUGUUGUAAAAUGCGGAUUAUAUAGCCUUGCGAAGUUGUAAUUUUCAGUCAUUUUGUAUUACGCGCAGAAGUGGUAAUACAAAAUGAUAAUAAAGAAAUAAAAAUAUAUAGUGGUAAUAUAAAAUGAUAAUGAUAUGAAGUGGUAAUACACCAUUUCCCGUUUGUAAUCUAAAAUGACUGAAAAUUGCAAACUUCGCAAGGCUAUAUUAUCCACAUUUUACAACAUUUUGCAACGAAACUUUGGAAUAUUACUAAUUUUGUGAUGCUCUUUCAAGCUGUGGUGAAAUUUUUGUCUGGACUUGUUGUGUCCAAAAUUUUGGUUAAUUGGGGAAUGGUCCAUUGACCUUUACAAUCAUAUAGAUCGAGAUAUAGAUGGUGGUCAACAGGCAGCUAUCAGAGUGAGAAAAUAGCCUCUUUCUAAUACUUUAGUUUGUGGAAACACCGCGUAAAUAAAAGCUUUCGACCCAUAAGCCCGGAUCUUCAUCAGUGCAUGCUAUAAUAAUAUGUGACUUGUUCAAUUCACACGCCCUUUAUAUAUCAAAGUGUCGUGAUCUGUUGGCUUACGUGGUGUUUCCACAAACUAAAGUAUUAUACGUAUAUGUUUUAUCGCCAUGCAAAGCUACAAAGAACUUAUUAGGUUCGUUCUAGUUAAGAUUUUGGGCAUCGAUAGAACUAACAGUUACAACCAGUUUUAUGUAGAACGAAAUUUCGAGCGGACGAAUUUCAGACCGAACCAGGAGUAGCUGCGAAAAAUGUAACUACACAAGUCCUCUGGCAGGAAUCGAACCUGCGACUCCGGUGCAGUGUUCUAACCAAUUGAGCUACCAGAGUCCAGUUGACGAACAUUAAAAAAGCGUCUCGAAGAUCAGAAGAACAAUUCACGCAUUCGGUCUGAUGGUUGAAAGAAGGGAGUUUUUAGUCGCUUAAUUCCCUGCAGAGCCCCCAAACUCAUUACUUCGUUAGAGGAAAACAUUUUCCAGUAUCCCUAUCUUUUAAGGAAACGCAUGUUUGUUUAUGUUUAACUGCCUAGAAGCUCAUGUGGCGAUUUACAUUUUCAGAUUAUUAAAAAAGUAAAUUCAACGACCGACCUUUGUUAUUCGUCCAUCGCAGCAGUGGCUGGAGGACUUAUAUCAGCUAGGUAAUAACAAUUAUAUAAUAACUAUAGUGAAACAUGUAAUCUGAUUGGUCAAUAGCCGUGCAGGAUGAGACAAUCCUGCACGGAAGUGCAGAAUGAGACAAUCCUGCAUGGAAAAUUUAAAUGCCUUCCGCGGGGUUUUCAAAAUGUCGGACAACGAAAACAUUUCAAUGCGUGAAAUAAACAAUAAUAGUAUAUUAAACGACCGGCAAGUUCACCAAAACAGUGAACAAAAGUUUACUGUACAAUAACUACAGAGAGUGAUCUUAAGAUAAAUUAAUGCCCGGCAGAAAAUACGGAAAAGAGCCAUAACAAAAAUAUAGUUUAAAAUAUUUAUUAGAAAGCUAACGCUUCGUCUUUAACUUACGACAUCUUCAGAGCAAUGACAUCUAUGAUGACAUACAAAGCGGAAAGCUUAGAAAUAUGAAUAAAUUACAACUAUUUACAAGAUAUUAUAUUAUAAAAAUAGAAAAAGAAGUGGAUCAGAGUAGAAGUAGAGGGACCGAAACUGCCUUGUAAGUUGAGAGAGGGUUUGAGUUUGUCGGUUAAUGAGAAGACUUUCUCGGAUGAGGAGUUUGCUAUCAAAAUGGGAAAGGAUACUAGACAUGGCCGGAUUGCUGCUUUUACUGCCUGUUAGGAGGAGAAACACCCAAGUGUUCAGAUACUCGUGUGUGCAAGUGACGGAACAGCAACGACACGUGAAGGAAUACACAACACAAGAUCUUAAAGCCUUAGAAAUUUUGUCCUUAAAGGUGAAGAGUUGGGACAAACGUAAAGUUGGGAGAAAAACGAAUCUAAUAUUAUAUAAGAUGGGGAAAGGCCGAGGAACAAAGACGGGAGAUUUGGGUGCGAAUUUAAUAUUGAAGAGAGUGAGCGCCAGUAUAUAAGGAAGUGAAUUAACUUGACUAUUGUUUCACUGUAGUUAUUUAUACAAUUUUUUACAGAAUGGUUUUUUCUUGCAGGAUAGCGUGAUCCAUGCACUUGGGAUGUUUCUCGACUUUCGGAAAGCGUAAAAAAUCUCGAAACAUCCCGUGUGCAUGGAUCACGCAAUUUUGCACGGAAAACCAUUCGCCGGUAUUCCUUCAGUAAUGCUUUAUAAGAGUUUUUAUAGGGAUUGGGGAAACCGAAAACUCCUCUAGGUGCAGCUUUAAGCGUCACUGACAUGCAUGUGAUAAAUUCAAAGUAGAAUUAAGACCGUCGUUAUGUUUCUAAAUAAAUGGUAGUGUCCUUGUGUUGCCUACUGUGUUGUCAAGGCAAUUUAUGAAUUUUGUCUAGGCAUUGUUUCUGUAUUGUCAAGCAAUUGCCUUCUAAUAUGCUGUUUGUAUGUGAAGUAUAAUAACUGCACAAUUUUUCGACUUGUAUACAUAUUUGAAAUGAUGACUAUGUUUUCAUAUCCUGAGUGAAUUAUUGUUUUAGAGAUUUUGUAACGAUCAAUCAUUAUCAAAGAAUUGGAGAGAUGUAUAUGUCUAGUUCAACGUCAGUCGUCUCACCAGAUAAACCGCCAGUAGAAGGUACUAUUAGGUGAGUUUGGCCCAGAGUAGUGAUAGUGAUUAAGUCUGGUUCACACUAGGCUACUAGCGAUUUUAUCGGCGUUUUUCUCUUUCUUUACGGAUGUGAUCAAUAAGUGAAUUUCCAUUUCGGAGGAAAACAUUUCUAAGUCACUCAUUCAAUCACUUCCUCCAUGAGGGAAAUAAUCGCCGACAAAAUUGGUAUAGUGUAACCAGACUUUACUGUCGGCACAUGCUAAGGCGUGGUUUGCCCAAUUUACUCGAACCAAAAGCUCGUGGUACACACGCUCAAAAACUUAGGCUAUUUUGAUGAAGGUGCAAAAUCGGAAGACGCCAAAGAAAAACCCUUGGAAGUACAAAAGAGAACCAACCAAAUCGCUCUACGUUCAUGAGUUUCAAGUAUAUACAGGGAAGUUACGGAACCUACGUAAAUCCCCUAGCUCUGACCUACAGUGGCAGGCUUAAUUCACCGGUAUGGGGUAGCGUAUUAAACGGAUACGUACCUUGCUCUUGGAUACAUUAGGGCCAUUUAUACGUGACAAAAUAAGUCGCGACUUACAUAAGACGCGACUUAAAUAAGUGGAGUUAUCGCAUAAAUGGUUCUCUACGGCUUUGGUCUUAUUUAUUUGCUAUAGCUAUAAUGUUGUUUUGGUUGUUUUUGUUUUAAUAUGCAAGGCAUUAAAUUUUACUUUGUUUCAAGUUUCUGGCAUGUAUAGUUAGACUUUUUGUCCAAAAUUUCUUAUUUAAGACGCGACUUAUAUAAGAACAGCUAAAAGGCCUGUUCUUUUGUAAGACGCGUCUUACAUAAGAAUUUUGUACCUUUUAUACGACAAACUCGCGUCUUAUUUAAGUCGCGUCUUAUGUAAGUCGCGUCUUAUUUUGUUCCGUAUAAAUGGCCCUAUUGUUACUAACUUCCCGACGAACGGCCUUCGCUCGAAAUAUUGAAUUUCGCUUUGUAUUUUUCAGGCAGUUGCAUUCCUAUCAAUCCGAAGCUUUCUUAUUAUUGCCACAACCUACACUGGCACAGACUGUUCAAGAUUACAUUGUUAUAUUUUCCAAAGCUGGGCAAGCCACUGUUGAGUUCCGAAAGCAUGCAACGGCCCUGAUACUUUUCAAUUAGUUGUCCUUGUCUCCUUGAGCUGUCGGGGGCUGUUUCUUUCGGAUACAUUACGCAGUUGUAUAUUGUUAUAUACAACAACAUAUACUGUAUUCGGCGGAUGAUUCUGUAAUAAACAAUUAUCAAAAUGCUUACUUUAUUCGGAGUUACCGUUGUAUUGUAUUUUAUGAAAAUACUCAGUGGUUCCCGCAAUCAUCUACAACCAUUUUAUAAUAAUUUUCUGAUUAAUUAAGCGAAAACGAGAGUUUAUUGGCAUAUCUUUACUUUGCCAAGUGAGAGGCGUGAUAUACAAGCGUUCAUGGAUGCGGCAUAGGUAUAACAUAUAAAAUGCAAAUGUAACAGUUCGAGGCUCAGGAAAAUCACUAGUAAAUUACAGGGGAAGAAUUAAGUACUGUUUAAUAAACGAGCAGGAGUGUUUUAUCAGGUUUAAAGCCACUGCACGUGACAUAUUAUGGUUGACAUGAUUUGCCAUUUAAUGAGUGUUUGAAGAGCAAUGUUCUUCUAACUUGGUGCCUGUCUUUCUGUCUUAAUAGGGGAGAAACUAUUCUCAAUUCUUAUGCCCUCCUUCCAGCGGAAAACGAGCCAGGUAAAUCUGUGUUCGUUUGGAUAGCUACCACAACAUUAAGGGUAAGUAAUCCCGAUGUCAAUGACGACUUUUUACAAAUUCUGACCAAACAAUUCCUGCCAUCCACCGUCAGUAGGUGAAAUGUUAAAUGAGGUAAUAUUCUAAAUAGCUUAUAUUUGAAGCAAAACUAUUGGAAGGGAGAAGAAGGAUAAAGUCGAAUUAGAUUCGCCUGUACAUAUCAUGUCCUGUAUUGUCGUAUCCAAUGCUUUCAACGUCUGUAGUUUCUCUUCCAGCGCAACAUUCCCCAUGUUCCAUCGCACUUUUCCGUUGUCCGUGAUAACUUUAAUCCGGAGUAUGCCCGUUCGCAGGUUAGGUGAAUGGCCCAACCUGCGAACGGGCAUACUCCGGGUUACAAGAUUGCAACUAAUUAACUAACAAGCACCGCGUACUAAUUUCGUUAUCUACGUAACUUCGAUGCCCAUCUCUCAUCUUUUUGUCACUAAUUUCGUUAUGUGGACUGUUAACGUUUGUAUUAAAUUUCACUGGGUUCCAGUGGAUCGUUCAUGUUAAAACUUGGUGACUAUCAUUUGUAUUUCAGCCUGGUUCUAUUCCUCAAGCGUUAGUUGACCGUACAAUGCCAGGAUUUCUUAUUCAAUGUGUUACUAAUCUUAAGAAGGAAUGUGAACAACUGAAAGACAAUGCAAACACACCGUUAUAGCGAUCAUAAAAGUGGAGCGUCGUGAAGAUACAAUGUAUGAAUAGCUGAUGCCGAUAUUCAUUCUUGGGAGCACCGGCAAACGGCCAUGAAGAGUCCACAUAUGAUCUGAUUUGGCUAAAAUUUGUGGAAAUAGUUACGUACAUUUGAGGAUGUGUAAUGCAUACACACAAAGACAAAUCAGUUCUCAAUUAUAUAUCUAAUCAGUUAACAUGUAUUAUGCCCUUCAUGUUACACGCCCGUAUUAGAGGGUCCUGAAGGCGUAAAAUGGUGGGAUUUGCCUAAUUUUGGACUGGGAGAAUGGGAUUUGGAUUACUGGGACUCGGAAUGAAAGAUACAAAAAACGGGAAUACCAAUUUACCAUUAUAUAAACAGUUGUACUUGGACAUUUGAGUGUGAAAUAACUUUUAACAACAGCUACAGAACGAUUUUUGAUAGAGAAUUUGUCUUAAAAAGUCCAGGAAAACUGAAUUUAACCGACUUAUGACUCAAUUUGGUCAUUUUUUGCUAAUACCUAUUGCAAGUCAGUCAUAAAGCUUCUUGGCAACACUAGACAAUUGAAUGCAGAAUUGUGUUUAAAAGUCAUCGCAUAGCUGAACCACCUGCUCUGGGAUUUUCUUUCAAUUUCACAGUGGGACUAGGAUUUCAUGUAAAAAGAGGGCUGAGAAAUGGGAGUUAGAGGAAGUUUGGGCUGAGAAAUGGGAUCCAGAUCCCCCACCCCCUUUCAGGACCUUCGUAUUAAUAAACGCGUGGUUACUUUUGUUCCAUUCUAUGCUACAUUACCAGAAUAGUGACAAUAGUCGGGUAAAUGCCGCAGUGGCGUAGCCAGCCCGACAAUUUAGUCCCGCUAUGCAAAUUCAAAAUUAUUAUCAUUAUUCAUUUCUUUAAAAAUUGAUUGUUUUCACAGUCAAUGAAUACGAAAAUAUUUGCAUAGCGGGACUAAAUCGUCGGGCUUGUAAAUGGCUGUCGUAGCAAAAUGGGCAUAAACGAUUAGAUCAAUGUACAGUAAAUGUAGUAUAAUUUCAUGUCAUCAAUAUUACAUAGGACUGGCUGUACGUUGUUGAAGAAAUUAAAAUUCUCAUUUUAGAGAGGGCACGCUAUCGCUUAUAUCAUGCAGGAACGCUAGGAGGCGUUGUAUUCUGUUCUGCCAACUCUAACUCCAGAAGCGACCUAGCUCCAUAU